AAACUGUUGUUGUGCCGCCGCGCGUUCCUUCGCAAUCGUGUGGUUCGUCAGCAGCCCCCACCGUGCCAGAAGCGAUGGUGGCUGCGUGGGUGGCGUGCAGCGCAUGCCGCACACCAUUCCAUUCCACAGGAGAGAAAACACGCACGCGCGCGCGCACGCACUGCAACCAAACCAGCUGACAGCGCAUGCAUGGGUUGGGAGAGGGCAUUGUUUUGAUUUCUUCGCCCCAGCCAGUCGUUCGUUGUGUUUACCUUUUUGAGGUGUUUGUCACCUUCGACUUCUCCUCCAUUGGGUGCUACCAAUCGCCGAGUCGUGUUCACUUUCUCCAACCACCCAUCUGCUUGACAAAACUUGCCAUCUUGACCUUCAACCAAGUAACGCAGCCACCGCCCGCCACCAAAGCCAGGCAACAAACAAACCAGCAGUCGAUACACACAUACAUCCGCCGUGCACGGGAUCGAUUGAUCUUGAGUUGACAGUCAGCACCACCGCCAUGCAGGCUACCGCCAAGAAUACCCACCGCAAAGCCGGUGGCUGGAAACCGCCGCAGGCAGACGCCUGUGCCGUGUGCACUCGCCCCGUGUACUACAUGGAGAAGGUUGCCGCAGACAACAAGGUGUACCACAAGACGUGCUUCAAGUGCAGCGAAUGCAAGAAGACACUCUCCACAGGCACGUACGCUGCCUUGGACGGAAAGGUCUUCUGCAAGCCCCACUUUAAGCAGCUCUUCAAGCGCAAGGGCCGCUACACCUUUGCCAAGGACGGAACAACCGACGACGCCCCAUCGUCUGUCAUGAUCCCCACCAAGCUCAAUCUGACGAGUGGAAACGAUGCCACGCCGUCAAAGCAGAAAGAGGCCACUGCUAUCACCACUGUUGCUGCCGCUGCCGCUGCGAUCAAGCAAGACGCCACACCAGCUUCACCUGCUACGCCAGCCACGCCUUCUGUGAAGACCGCAACAACCACGUCCACGACAACAGCAACGACAGGCGCCUCUGCUGAUGACAACACCACUUCCGCUGCCACCAAGGUUCACGCCCGCGCCGCAUUCAACACCAUCUCCGCGGCACCGAGCGUGCGCGACCGCCUGUCUCGCUUCAACACGAGCACCACCACGCCGAGCAAGAAGCAAGCGACGCCGGCAGCCACGCCCAUCAAGCGGGACAACAGCGUGUCGAAGAUCCACAGCAAGUUUGCCGCCGUCGCCUCCACCGCGUCCAGCCCCGCCAGCAUGUUCCUGCCCAGCAGCCGCUUCGGCAUGUGCACGACCCCGCUGCAGAAGAAGAAGCAGCAACAGCAACAACUGCAGCAGCAAAUGGAGGAGCAGAACACCACCGCUGCAGCAAACAACACGGAUCAAGGCGAGUCAGCCACCACCCCUGCCACCGCCCGUGUGGCCACGAAGACGGCGGCGGCAUCGCUUCGCCGUGACUCGACGACGCCAACACCGUCCCGUAAGGGCAGCGGUGCAUAUGCGGUGGUGGUGAAGAGCAGCGUCACCUCGGACAUCGCCUGCCCGGCGCGCUCACGCAAUGUGCGCGACAUUCGCUCUCUGUUUGAGAACAACGCUGCCUCUGCCACUGCCACGCCAGCGCGCUCCCGCCUGUCGCGCGUGAAGAACAGCAGCAGCAGCAGAAGCAGCAGCACGACGUCGCUCAAGUCCACGCCCGUGCUCGCCCGCACAGGCAGCACCAGCAGCCGCCGCGCGUUUUUCGAAUCGCAGAGCAGAAAUGCGUCCACGCCGCAUCUGUCGCCGUCCACAUCCAAGACGGGCAGCGCCGCCACGCUGCGUGCAAGCACGACGCCGUCGACGCCCGUGUCGCGCGGGUCAUCCCUGUGCGACGUGGUGACGGCACGCAAGGCGCAGAUGGAGCGGGCACGUGCCACCACCGCCGUCGUGAAGGGCGCAACCCCCGACGAUUACCGCGCUCGCACGCGCUCACGUGUCACUGCUACCAGCACCAGCGCCACCACCAGCAGCAAGGGUGGGGAUGCGUCUGUGCGCAGUGCCGUUGCGCUGUUUGAGUCGCUCACGCGCGGCAGCAGCCUCUCCGCGCCGGCCACCACGCUGCGCCCCCGCAUUGUGUUUGGGCUGCAGCAGGCGUCAGAGAGCGUCGUUGACGCCGUGCCUGCAGGCAAGGAUGCGCCAGGCACUACUGCAACAGCAGCGGAGGAGGAGAAGACGGAGACGGAGACGGAGACUGUGCGCACGGUGGUGCUGUUGGGCGGCAACCUCCAGGAGACGACCAGCACCGACGAUCAAGAAGAGGAGGUGGAAGAGGUGGAAGAGGAAGAGGAAGAAGAGGAAGAGGAGGUGACAGAGGAAGAGGAAGAGGAGAUGACGGAGGAAGCGGCUGUGGCUGCAGAAGCAGACAGCAAUGUUGCCGCUGCCGCUGCUGCUGCAUCUGAGAAGCAACAACAACUGCAGCAGGAAGAAGAUGAGGAGAAAGGCAACGAUGACGUGUACUAUGCGGAGGGCACGGUGCUCAACAUGGAGGAGAUGGACGAUGCGUCCACCACCACGCCGGAGGUGGAGGACUACCGCGACACCUUCGAGGAACAGGAGACAACGAGUGACACCACCGACGCCACCCCUGUCGCCGACACGGCGAUGACGCAUCACGAGGUGUCGUUUGAGAUGACGUCUGCGGACGUGGACAUGUGUGCGGAGACAGCGGCGACGGCGCGGGACGUGACGGGCGCCGUGUACAGGCGCGCAUCCACCGUCUCUGAGCUCGACCUGUCGUGGCUCAACGACGAUGGCAGCGACGCCAAUGAUGACGCUGUUGAUUGCGAACACGACAUUGAGGAGGAGGACAAGGAGGAGCAGCUGCUGCAGGUUGAUGGCACUGCCGCUCUUGCUGUUGCUGGUGAUGAAGAGUAUGACGAGGAGGGCGUUGAGGUGGAAAGUGCUGAUGGCAACGACGACACAACCACGUACGAUGAAACGCCUGCGCACGAUGACGAUGCGAGUGAGGCGACAGAGGAGCUGUCGAGCCGCAAGGACAGCUCCGACUACGAGAUGAACGAGCAGCAGGAGAACGCCGUCGCAGAGGCCACGUGCGCGACUGCCGUGAACGACGCCAGCACCAAGCAAUGCGACCAGCAGCAGCAGCCGCUGCAGCCACGCAUGACGCGCCGCCUGUCCUCCGUGCUCAACUUCUCCACCUUUGUCAAUGUCAACUGGGACCAGACCCAGAUUGUUGCCUGAGAUGGAUGGUGCGCAUGGAGUGUUGUUGCAUCUGUUGUAGAUGCAUGAACACGUACUCCGGUCACCUGCCCACGUUCCUUCCUUCCUUUCUGCUGUAGCACGCCCCUUUGCGUCUGCUCUGUCAGCACCCGCUUGUGUGUUACAUUUCCUUCCUUUCUUUCCUCUCCUUACUUCUUCUUCCCUUCCUUCCUUUCUUUUCAAACUGGUGAGCGCGCUCGAGCGUGCACACGCGCACGUGUUAUGUGUGUUCUGUGACCUUGACUCACUGUCCGGCAGACUAGCUGCUGUUGCAGCCUUACUUCGUCCGUGUCGUUGUUUUCAUCGAGCUGGCCGCUUCCUGUGUUGGCUGUGUUUGUUCGUGUCCUGCCUUUCGUUGUGUUUGGUUCAGUUGAUCAUUGCGCUGCUUCCGUCACUGCCCUCAUUGUGUCCUUCUGUGUCACUGCGUGGCCUCUUCCCCACGCAGUUGAUGGAACAAUACAAGAACUUAACAACA